AUGGGUGGUGAAACUUUACCAAAGACAGAGCUUAAGAGCUCAUAUCCUCUCAGAUCCGAGGGUCCCAAGGGUAAAUUGAUAGCUAAUCUUUACAAAGAUCGAAUUGGUCAAUUCUAUGCCACUGGACAAUAUGAAGGGAAGAACUUACGAGCAAUGUUAAACGAAGGAGUCGCAUCGGGGGAACCACAUAUCAAACUUUCGGUCUGGGAUGCUCCGGAUCUUACUCGACCGACUUUCAAAGAUGCGACGAGCCACGACUUUAGAUCAACACAUAUUGGUGAAUCGUUUGGUCCUUCGUGGUCAACUCAUUGGUUCAAAGUACAGAUAACGGUGCCGUCAGAGUUUCUGAAAAAGGACCUGUUGGAGUUACAUUGGGAUGCAAAUAAUGAAGGAAUGGUAUGGACUGAGGAUGGCAAUCCUCUUCAAGGAUUGACCGGAGGUGGCGAGAGAGUCGAGUGGAUUCUGCCAGACAAAUUUCGAGAUGGAAAGGGACAUACAAUUUAUAUUGAGAUGGCAUGCAAUGGAAUGUUUGGUAAUGCCCCUGGUGGAGAUUCCAUUCAACCGCCGAAUCCGAAUAAAUAUUUCCAACUUUCAAAAGCUGAGAUUGUUGCCGUAAACGUGGAAGCCCGAGCUUUGUGGAUUGAUAUCUGGGAAAUCAAUGAUGCUGCUAGGGAGUUUCCAUCGGAUUCAUGGGAACAACAUAAGGCAUUAAGGGUUGCAAAUGAAAUAAUUGAUGCUUUCGAGUUGGGAAACCAAGACUCAAUCCUUAAAGGCCGAAAAAUUGCACAAGAAUACCUGGGCGAGAAUGUCAACUCAUCUAAGGUCUAUGAGACUGGCACAAAGCCUAUUGUUUAUGGUAUUGGUCAUUGCCAUAUUGAUACUUGUUGGCUUUGGCCAUGGGCCGAGACUAAAAGAAAGGUUGCUAGAUCCUGGUCGAAUCAAUGUGAUCUUAUGGACCGUUACCCUGAGCAUCGAUUUGCUGUCUCACAGGCUCAACAGUAUAAAUGGUUGAAGGAGUACUACCCUUAUGUGUUUGAUCGAGUUAAGGAAAAGGUCAAACAGGGAAAGUUUCAACCUGUGGGAGGCAGCUGGGUCGAGCACGAUACUAACUUACCCAGCGGCGAGUCUCUUGUACGCCAAUUCUUGUAUGGCCAAAGAUUCUUCGAAAGCAAUUUCGGAGAGAGAUCUAAGACAUUCUGGCUGCCAGACACAUUUGGUUACUCGAGCCAACUUCCUCAGCUGUGCCGUCUUGCGGGAAUGAAGCGUUUCUUUACUCAGAAGCUUAGCUGGAACAACAUCAACAAUUUUCCGCAUACCACAUUCAACUGGGUGUCCCUAGAUGGUAGCCAAGUCAUUUGUCACAUGGCGCCUUCCGAAACAUACACUGCAAAUGCCGAUUUUGGUGAUGUAAGAAGGUCGGUGACCCAGCAUAAAUCGAUGGAUCAAGACGAAACUUCACUUCUUGUUUUUGGAAAAGGUGAUGGUGGUGGAGGACCAACUUGGCAGAUGAUUGAGAAGCUCAGACGUCUUCGUGGAAUGAGUGAUACUGUUGGACUUCUUCCGAGAGUUCACAUGGGUGACUCUGUGGAUGAUUUCUUUGACCGCUUGGAGAAGAAGGUCUCCGAGGGCCAAGACUUGGUGACCUGGUAUGGUGAAUUAUACUUUGAGCUUCACCGUGGAACCUACACGACCCAAGCGAACAAUAAGCGCAACAACAGAAAUUCGGAGAUUAUGCUGCACAAUAUUGAACUUCUUUCAACAAUUGCAAGUCUUAAAAGUAAGGACUUCAAGUAUCCUAAAGAAGACAUCGAUUUUAUGUGGGAGGCUGUAUUACUGUGUCAGUUCCAUGACUGCCUGCCGGGAUCUUCUAUUGAAAUGUGUUACGAUGACAGUGAUGAGCUAUAUGAAAAAGUAUUCAAGGCCGGUGAAAAGAUCCUCAAAGAGCUCUACAAGACCCUAGGUGUACUGGAAGCCGAAGACUCAUCCGAGGAUGGUAAUAUUGUUGCUCUUAACACCAUGCCAUGGCACAGAAGAGAGAUCGUUCCGCUUGGUAAUAACACUGCCGGAGUUGCUUGUGGACAAGGUAAUCUCUUGAAUAUCAAGACUUUUAAGAUUGCCGAAACACCAGAAGUUACCGUCAAAGAAGUCAGGAGAGGUGUUUUCGUGUUACAAAAUGAUCAACUCAAAGUCGAAGUCGAGGGCGGUGUUAUCACAUCUCUGUAUGAUCGGCAAGCGGAGAGAGAAGUGGUGGCCAAAGGAGGCAAAGCUAACCAGCUUGUUAUAUUCGAUGAUAAACCACUUUAUUGGCAAGCUUGGGAUGUGGAAGUUUUCCACUUAAACUCUCGCAAGGAAUUACCUCCAGGAGACACCAAGAUCGUUCAAAGUGAUGCCCACAGAGUAAGUGUCAUGACCGAGACAAAAAUUAGCGAAGACAGCUGGGUGAGGACUCAUAUUAGUCUAUCCGCCGCUUUCAAGGGUCAGCAAUCUUAUGUUGAAAUGGAAAGUGAGGUUGAGUGGAGGGAGAGUAUGAAAUUCCUCAAGGUUGAAUUUCCUGUCGACGUUCGAAACACCGAAGCAUCCUACGAGACACAGUUCGGUAUCAUUAAGAGACCUACUCACUAUAACACUACCUGGGAUAUGGCCAAGUUUGAAGUAUGCUGUCACAAAUUCGCCGAUCUUUCAGAGAAUGGAUAUGGUGUUUCCAUUUUGAACGAUAGCAAAUAUGGUUUUGCUACUUCUGGAAAUAUGAUGCGCUUGUCAUUACUUAGAGCUCCUAAAGCUCCGGAUGCACAUGCAGACAUGGGUCGUCAUCACAUUCGUUGGGCUAUUUUACCCCAUCAAGGAGCUCUUGGCUCAACUACUGUCCGCACGGCAUUCAACUUUAACAAUCCAUUGAAGGUCUGCAAGGCUUCCAAGGAUACUCAUGCCAGCGUAUUUGAAAGUCCAAUCAAACUCACCGGAGAUUCGUCAUUGAUCCUAGAUACUAUUAAGCGCGGUGAAGAUGAUGAGGAUGUCAGUCGUGGUGAAUUGAGGAAGAGGAAGGGACAAAGUGUUAUUUUGAGAAUCUAUGAUAGUUUGGGUGGAACCAGUAAAGGCACGAUUGAGACGACGCUGGAUGUAAAGAGGGUCUGGAAGACCAAUAUCUUGGAAGAUGAUGAAGAAGAACUUAAGAUUAAGGAAGGGAAAGUCGAUAUCACUUUGAAGCCUUUUGAGGUUGGCACGUACAGGUUACAGUUGUAG